CUCCUCCGCUCCAUCACUAUAUAUGUAGCGGGGGAUUCGCGUCUCCUCCCCACGCCCAUUCUUUUUGGCUCUUUCGCUUUUUAACAUUUUACGGCCCCUUUAUAAGACGCCAUGGCUGAGACUGUUGUCCUCAAGGUUGGUAUGUCCUGCGAAGGUUGUGUUGGAGCUGUUAAAAGGGUCCUUUCUAAAAUGGAAGGUGUUGAAUCAUUUGACGUCAACCUCACAGAGCAGAAGGUAACUGUAAAGGGCAAUGUGAAACCAGAAGCUGUUCUACAAACUGUGUCAAAGACGGGGAAAAAGACUUCGUUCUGGGAAGCAGAAGCUGAAACCAAAGAAGCAGCUGCUGCUGUCACUGCUACUGAAUGAUACUUCACAUGACCAAUUAUACUAAGUUGGUGGGUUGAUCUCAAUAUGAGAAAUUGUGUACGAUGUUUCUAAAGUUCAGCACUCUGUAUGAGUCAGUACAGUUUGCCUCUGAAACAUAACAGAUGAGUUUCCACACUUAAAGUAUAUCAAUAAGAUAGUAUAAACUGUUAUUUAAUGUCUUAUUGUAAGUGCGCUGCAAAUAAUCGUCAUACUUUGCUAUUCUUGUCUCA